AUGCAGGUCAGUGAAUGAAAGUUCAAAGGUCAUUAAAAAAAAAAAAAAAGUAAUGACAAUAUGGCUGCUCCAUUGAUGUCUCUGUUGUCUCCUGGGACUAUUAAACACGUAGUCCCUUGGAGAACAAGGAGUGAAUUUGUAAACCUUUACAAUGAUUUAUAUAGUGACGAUUUAAUUCUUCAAGAACGGGCCAUAAAUAGAAUAGCAGUCUGGAAAUCAAGAGCCAGCAGCAAGUUAUCUGUGGCCAUUGAAAGUAGUGGAAUGCUUAUGCAGGCUUGUUUGGAACACAGUAAAGCAGAAAAGGAAGGGACAGUUCACCUUCAAGAAUCUCAUCUCAGAUAUAUUUACAGUUUAGCAUUAAUUAGAUUUGUAAAUCAUGUGACAGAGAAAGGUCAAACAAAAGCUACUGCACAGCCAGUACAUUUAAUUGCUAGAGAAUUUGGCAUUCCUGAAUGGAUCGUGCGACUGCGUCAUGAUGCUACACAUGCGUCUAUUCCUUGUCUGGAUGCCUUAUCCACUGGUGCACAGUGGGCAUUAAAUUACUUGAAAGAAAAUUUUUGGAAGCUCCAGACUAAGGAAGAUACGCCUGAUGAUAAAGAGCACACUUCCAAAAUGCCAAGAAUGUCUGACAUUAGGAGAGCAUUUUAUGACUUUCAAAAAUGUCGUUUUGAGGAAGUGAAAUCUGGAAACAAGGAUAAAGAGACAGGAGACCAAUCAGAUUCUUUAAAAGUUCUUCACAAAUAUUUGAACCAGAAUAGGUUAAGAUUUGUCAAGUGUUUACUGGAAGAUGGUAUUCUGAUCUCUACAGAGGAACAGCUCACAGCACUAGGUGUUUCUAGUGAAGAUCUUUUAACACGUUCUCCACCAACUGUACCUUUAGAAAUGGCUGUGUUUUGGCGUCCUCUAUUAAAAAAGCUGAACAGUGCUGGUGCCCUCCACUUCUUGCUCAACAUAGGCAUCUUUUCUGUGACAUCAGGGGAAGGACUGCGGAACUACCAACUGGUGGCAUGGAUUGCUUACAUUUUGUCUCAGUGUUUAGGUCCAUCAAAGAGACUUAAAAGACGUAGAACAAAAAAACAGAAGAAAGAAAGUAUUUUUAAAAGCCCAGUAAUAUUGCCUACAAAAACUUUGCUGAAUGGCUGCCUACAGAACAUCAACAAACUCACUGCUCAUCUUUUGAAAUAUGUUGGAGACAAAGAGAGUCUUGGAGCUGAAGGCUAUUCUAAACUUAUAAAGCUCCUAAACAUGCAUACACACUUAGGAGAUGCUACGUCAUCUGAUGGGUCAGACUCUGACACAGUGUACACUGUUGAAGAUAUCAAGAAAGCUAAAGUAAGUCAAAGCUGCCAGAUCUCAACCAAAACUGCUCUGGACAUUCAAAGCAGCUUGAACCAAAAUGAUAUCCCAUGGUCUCUUUGUACUGAUAUUGUUGAUUGGUUGAAUAUACCUCUGGGGGUUGUCCCUGAUCCUACCACAUGCAAUGUUGAUGAUGAUGAGGACACCAACGAUGAGGACACUCCAGAUGAACCAGCGAAUGUUGAUGAUGAUCAAAGCUCCACACACAGCAGUGACAAUAUGGACGAUGAUUAUGUGGGGUCAAGAAGAAAGAGCAAAAAACGUAGCUCUGACAGUAAAGAUGGUAGUGAUGUCAGUUAUUCACCCAAGAGAUCAAGACUUGUUCUAGAUGGAGAAACUUUAAUCUAGUCCAUUGUAUCAUGUAUAGGCCUAAUUAUUGUUUUCACCAUUAUGUGUUCAAUACAUUUGUUUUUCAACUA